AUGUCGUCGUUUUUCACUUUGCCCGCAUCCCAGCGGAAGCGGAAGAGAGAGGAUCGCGUUGGAGCCCCCGCCACGAAGAAGCGAGGAGUGGAUGCCAAAAAAGAUGCCGGUGGCAAAGGAAGCAAAAAGUCGAGAGAGCGCGAAGAGUCCAUCUCGGGGAGCGAUAUCGACGAGGAUGGGAGCAUAGCGUCCGGCGUCUCGGAGGAGGAAAGCGACGCGGAAUCGGACGAGGGAGAAACGGUCGCGGAUCGGAGGUUGAAGCUGGCAGAGAGAUACCUGGACAAUGUGCGAGACGAGGUGGAUGAUUACGGCUUUGAUGCGGCAGAGAUUGAUCGGGAUUUGAUCGCGGAACGGUUGAAGGAGGAUGUGGACGAAUUCAAAGGACGGGUCUACCGUCAGAUCGCCUCGGACCUGGCCUUCUCGAACGCCUCCAGCUCGUUUUUCCGGGCCGACACCCAAACGACUACGUCUGUUGCCGUCCACGCGCCCUACGUCUACACUGUCUCCAAGGACCGAACCUUGAUCAAAUGGGAACUGGCGAAGCCGAACCCGACGUCAACAGCCAAUGGUCAGGAUAUGAAGUCGAAACGCCCGCCCAGACCGCAGCGGACAAAGCCGAAACAGGUCCGCUUCACGCGUGGACUGCAAAAGGUGGCCGAAAGCAGGGGAGAGCACGGCCACACCAAGAGCAUCCUGUCGGUGGCGGUCUCGCCAUCGGGAAAGUUUGUGGCUACUGGUGGAAAAGACGGGAAAUUGAUCAUCUGGGACGCCGCGACGCUGACGCCGACGAAGACCUUCACGCAACACCGUGAUGCUGUCUGUGGGCUCGCGUUCGCCCGGAAUAUCUCCACCAUGAGCUCCGGAGAGCAAUUAUUCACGGGAUCGUUCGACCGGACAAUCAAAACGUGGUCCCUGAGCUCGGCCGGUCAUGCCUACCUGGAGACGCUAUUCGGCCAUCAGGACCAUGUCGUCUCCGUGGGCGCGAUGGCGCUGGACCAGUGCGUCAGCGUUGGGGGGCGUGAUCGCACGACGAGGUUGUGGAAAGUAUUGGAAGAGUCGCAAUUGAUCUUCCGUGGAGGUUCCAAUAAGGACGCAUACAAGGAGAACAACACGGACUGCGUGGCCCCGUUGCCCCCCAGCCACUUCGUGACCGGUUCGGAUAACGGGUCCAUCUGCCUCUGGAGCAUGUACAAGAAGAAGCCGCUCUACACCGUCCAUCUUGCCCACGGACUCGAUCCCAUCCCCCCCCUGGACGAGCUCUCCCCGGAGGUUGACCCAGAGACAGCGGCCAGCAACUCCCGUCACCUCCGACAGACGCCGCGCUGGAUCACCGCCCUGGCCACUGUCCCAGGCACGGACAUCGUUUUGAGCGGCAGCUGGGACGGUUUCAUCCGCGCGUGGAAGGUAUCAGAGGACAAGCGAACGCUCCACGCACUCGGUCCCGUCGGCGCGCCGGCCUCCGACGACCCAUCCGCCCAGCUCAACCAGACCCUCGCCUCGGACACUCCCUCCGGCGACGCGGACCGCAUGGCCGUGGACGCGAGCCAGGCCGGGGAACCCGAGCCCUUGAUCAAGGGCGUCGUCAACGACAUCGCCGUCUUCGAGCGCCGUCUCGACACCGCCAAACCCAACGACUCAUCGAACGGGUCCAAGCCCAAGUCCAAGUCCUCGGAGCCCGAGCCCGAGCCCGAGCCUCGCGGUCUCUGCAUCGUGGCAGCAGUGGGCAAGGAGCACCGACUAGGCCGCUGGUCGUGCUUCGCAAACAACUACAACCAAGGACCAGCAGCCGAGGGCCGCAACGGAGCCAUCGUGUUCGAAGUGCCCAUGCUAUCCCAACUACCUAAUCGACGCGAGGCGUAA